CCCGCUCGCCCGCUCGCCCCGCUGCCCGUUCGGCGCCCGCUCGCUCUGCCGCCGCGGUUCAGCCCGGACGUCCGCAGCCCAGGGAGCCAGGCGGCGGCGCCCUGUGCCCGGGGCGCAUUGGGCCGCUCCUCGCCGCGGGCCACCCGGGGGCGUGCGGGCGCCGGGGGCGCCUAGGCUCCGGGCACUGCGGGGCUGCGGGCUCAGCGCCCCGGGGAGGCGGGGAGCGGGCGCCCCAGCUGGCCGCGAUCGCGUGGGUGAGUGCGGUCUCCGGGUGCUCCAGCCGGGACCCCUGCGCGGGCAGCGGGUUUCAGAGCUGGGACAUGAAGGUCGCUAGAACCCAAGGAUGGCAAAGUUCCUGACGCUUGGGCAGAAGCUACAGCUGUAGGGCCCGGGACUGGGGCUCAGUGAUGGUGCUAUCUGAGCACCUGCUGGAAACAGGGCAGGAGGAACAGAAACCCCAGGAGAGAACAGGCCAGUGCCGGCAUGCGGGGAUGACACCUCCGGAGGCUCCGGCCUCCUUCCCACCUGGGUGCUAGGAGCCGUCCCCGGGCUCCAGCUGGGAGCCCUGCCGCCCAGGGGCAUGGCCAAACCUUUCUUCCGACUCCAGAAGUUUCUCCGCCGGACGCAGUUCCUGCUCUUCUUCCUCACGGCUGCCUACCUGAUGACCGGCAGCCUGCUGCUGCUGCAGCGGGCCCGCGUGGGCCUCCCUCCUGGCCCCCGGGCUCCUGGCCCGCUGCAGGCCCUGCCUGUGGCUGCCGUGGCGCUGGGCGUGGGCCUACUGGACAGCCGAGCCCUGCACGAUGGCCGGGUCAGCCCGGAGCUGCUGCUCGGCGUGGACGUGCUGCAGGGUCCCCUGGCCCGGCCCCGGCCCGGUCCCCGCUGGCUCCGCAGCCGCAACUCAGAGCUGCGCCAGCUGCGGCGUCGCUGGUUCCACCACUUCAUGGGGGACCCCCCAGGGCCGCCUGCGCUUAGCCCCGAGGCCCCCCAGCCAGCCACCAGCAGCCGAGGCACCUAUGUGGGAUGCUUCAGUGACGACGGCCAGGAGCGGACUCUGAAGGGGGCUGUGUUUUUUGACUUGAGAAAGAUGACUGUCUCCCACUGCCAGGACGCAUGUGCUGAGCGGUCCUACAUCUACGCUGGCUUGGAGGCCGGGGCCGAGUGCUACUGUGGGAACCGACUCCCAGCGAUGAGCGUCGGGCCGGAGGAGUGUAACCACGAGUGCAAAGGGGAGAAGAGCUCCGUGUGCGGAGGUGUGGGCCGGCUCUCCGUGUACCGCGUGGAGGAGCUGCAGCCCGGCUCCAGGAAGCGGAGGACCGUCACUUACCGGGGCUGCUUCCGACUGCCAGAGAACAUCACGCAUGCCUUCCCCGACUCCCUGGUACAGGCCAACGUGACCGUGGAGACGUGCUCUGGGUUCUGCUCCCAGAAAGAGUUCCCCUUGGCCAUCCUCCGGGGCUGGGAGUGCUACUGUGCUUACUCCACCCCCCAGUUCAACCUGCGGGAUGCCGUGGACAGCUCACUGUGUGGCCAGGAGCCUGAGGCCCAGAGGCUGGCGGAGUACUGCGAGGUCUACCAGACCCCCGUGCAGGACACUCGAUGCACAGACCGGAGGUUCCUGCCCACCAAAUCCAAGGUGUUCGUGGCUCUGUCGAGCUUCCCCGGAGCGGGGAACACAUGGGCGCGGCACCUCAUCGAGCAUGCCACCGGCUUCUAUACAGGGAGCUACUACUUCGACGGAACUCUCUACAACAAAGGGUUCAAGGGCGAGAAGGACCACUGGCGCAGCCGGCGUACCAUCUGUGUGAAGACCCACGAGAGCGGCAGGAGGGAGAUUGAGAUGUUCGACUCAGCUAUCCUGCUCAUCCGGAACCCAUACAGGUCCCUGGUGGCUGAGUUCAACAGAAAAUGCGCCGGGCACCUGGGCUACGCAGCUGACCGCAACUGGAAGAGCAAAGAGUGGCCGGACUUUGUCAACAGCUAUGCGUCAUGGUGGUCCUCGCAUGUGCUGGACUGGCUUAAGUAUGGCAAGCGACUGCUGGUGGUUCACUACGAGGAGCUGAGGCGCAGCUUGGUGCCCACGCUGAGGGAGAUGGUAACCUUCCUCAACGUGUCCGUGAGUGAGGAGCGCCUGCUGUGCGUAGAGAACAACAAGGAAGGCAGCUUUCGGAGGCGCGGCCGGCGCCCACACGACCCCGAGCCCUUCACCCCGGAGAUGAAGGACUUGAUCAACGGCUACAUCCGGACGGUGGAUCAGGCCCUGCGCGACCACAACUGGGCCGGGCUGCCCCGGGAGUACGUGCCCAGAUGAUAGGCUCCAGGCCCGCUCUGCCCGCCCCACCGGGAGCCGGCCGCCUCUAAGGGGCUGCGCACGUGCUAGCUGGGACUCUCGCCUGCCGCUGCCUCCCUGGGAUGCUCAGGGGAGGGGCCUGUGCCAUCUGCACGGAGGCCUGCCCAGGGGCUGCGUCCCUGCCGCACAGGGACACCUGGGCCUGACUCCCGGCCAGCAGACCCGAUGUCGCAGGACAGAUGCAAAGAGACACACACUCCUUGCCAGACCCGCUUAGACCUGCCACUUUCUGCUCACGGUGUCCCGUUAAUGCGCCUAAGCCACCACCCUGGGCGUGCCUGACACUCUCAGACUUGCAAACACGAACGUCAGUGCAGGCCCGCAGACGCCAGGUUAUGUGUUCCCAGGGGCUGCCUUUCUGUCUCUCCAACACCCUGACACACACGUGCACCCCGAGUUCUCAGGGACCCGGGGUUUCCUGUCGCCAGCCCAGUGCAGGCUUGCUGGUCAGGGGCUUUGACUGCAGGAUGCUGGGCUGGGUGGGCUUAGUGCCCCGAGGAGCCUGGACCCUGGCCUGGAAACUGGCUCACAGUCUAUGGCCGCCGGGCCAGGCAGCCCUGAGCGCACGUCUGCAUCCCCCAGUGUGCGUGGUGUUAUGACCGGCUCUGUAGCCUGGCCUCUCCCUUCUCCUUGGAUGGGCUGGUGGCGAUACAGGCAGAGCAGAGCCGCCCACAGACACCCCCACCUCAGGACCGGCUGUAAGCUCUGUGCACCCCCCACCGCCCCAUCCAAUAUCAGCACUCCUUGAAUUGGCGCCUCCUUGCCUGGCUUCUUUCUCCGACUCUCGCCAUAAAGCUGGGGUCUCACGCCUUAUCCCAGAAGCAGGGUGUAGGGGUGAGGAGACCAGGGGUGGGGGUGGCGGGUUGGGUGGGAGGGGGCAGGGCCUCCAGGAGAGGGCCUGUAUCCCAGCAGUGCCAGUGGAGGGGGCCGCUUGGGCUGGGCAGACCCAGGAGAGAUGAGUCUUGGGGGCCACUGGGCUGGUUGCUCCACCCAUCUUGACAGCUCUUCGCAGGAUCCCCCCACUCCUGGUCAUGAGGAAGUGGGGGGCGGCAUGGCCCAUCAAGACCCUGGGGGGAGAGGCCACGGCUGCAGCUUCUGCCUGACCCCUACCCGCCAGCCCUCUCGGUUGUUAUUCACCCUGCACUUCCUGUCACUGGGUCUCUUUGUCACACCUCUGUCUCUGUGACACUGACAUCUUUCCCACUCGGGGAUAUGGGAAGCUGGCGCUACCGGCUCUGCUGUGGAUGAGCUUACAGGGCUCCUGAGAAGAUGGCCUCCUCUUCGCUGCUCAGGGCCUAGAGGGGCUGGGGGAGGGAGUGAGAAAUCCAGCAAGAGACAAGUGUGUGUGCGGGGUGUGGAGGUCAGAGAAUGCAUUGCAGCGGCUCUGCAGUGGUCCUGAGGAGUCUGUAGACAUUAUUCCAAUGGAACGAAGGGGAAGGGGAAUUGAAGCAGGGGGAACAGCACGCACGAAGGCUCAGAGGCUUGGAAAAACCCUUGUGUGUUUUGAGAGCAGGUGAGUGGGUGUGGGUGCGUGCCUCUGAGUCUGUGCAGGAAGAAGGUGGGAGUGGGUGGGUGAGGACAGAGGAGGGGACAGAGAAAAGGAGUCUCCUCACUGCCAGCCAGUGCUCAGCCUGGGAGGGGGAGGGGUGCUGAUGCUAAUUACCUUCUUGGGUCACCCUUCACUACACAUCUUGGGCUCAGAAAUGGGGCUGCAGAGACCAGGGGUCUGAAGUCUAGAGGGUGAGGUGAAACUGGGAGCACAGCCCAGGACAAGUGGGACCCAGGGAGGGCUGUUGAGAGCUCGGUCACACACUGACCCCUGUGAGGGAGAAAGGUGGAUGGGCUUGAACUUGGGCAGCCCCUGAGUCCCUCUGCAGCUUCUCCAGGCCUGGGCUGGGCCUGCUGGUCUGACCUCUGCAUCAGCAGGAGAAAGCAGCGUGAGGGGUUUGGGAAAGCCGGGCAUGGGAAUGUAGGACCGUCUGCUCCCUGGCUGGAGAUCAGGAACUGACAGCACCCCAUUGGGGGCAGGCAGAGCUGAGGGCCCUCGAGGAAAGGCCCUUCCUCAGAGGGAAGCCUCCCUAGCCUUCAAUUUUUAAUGAAUGGCCUUGAGCAUCCAUUUCCGGUGGCCUCCAAGUUCUUUUUGAGUCUCCCCCAAACCCACACCGAUGCUGAGGCCAUUUUAGAUCCUUCUAAAGCAUUGCUGGGGCUCAGCUCAAGGCUGGAAACUUCAGGGUCUUGAUAAGCAAUUAUUGAUACAGCAUGGCUCGAGGAUCAAGUAUGCGACGAGCCCUGAUGAGGCUGAUUCUCCUGAGUAGCAGGAGCAGUUGAAAUCCACCAGGAGUUUUCACCCUGCCUUGGAAGGGGGUCCAGGGAAUACCUGCAUCCCAGAGUGAACCUAAAAUCUCAAAGGAGACUGCAGCCCUGGGUGAUGGAGGAGAGGGAAGCCAGUCCAGAGACUGGCUCCCUGGCAGUGACCCUCACUCUUCUGGCCACCCAGACAGUCUUUGGGGAGAAGACUCAAAUGUCAAGGAGUCUGCAAAGGGCAGUGGAGUGGCUAGAGGACCGAUUAGGACUGCAGCCAGGGCAUGGCCCCCUGGGCUUCCCCCAUCACCCCAGGGCUCAGGAGAACAGCAGUCCCAGCCUGUUCUUCCUGAUAGAUGAUGAGACUGUUCCCUGCUGCCAGGUACCCAGAGACCCUCACCCCUUCAGGUGGAGGGCCACUUGCUCAGAUGGCCUUGGAGUUUACUGUGCACCUUAGCCAGGCAUGCAGAUAAGUGAAAUGAUGGGAUUGGGGUGCAUUGUGUUGAGUCAGUCCACCUGGCAAGACACCUGAACCUCAGCACCUGAUCCUGGACGUUGGGUGAGUAAGAUGUUAAGGCCCCUUGUGCUAAUGGUUCUCAGCAGUCACCCCCCACCCAGCUCCUGAGAACCACGGGAAGGGGAUUUGUCUGUUCUUUUGGGAAAGUCUGUUUGUCCUUCUUCAAGUUAGGUCUCAUCUCUAGCUCUCAGCUUCUCCAUAAAGAAGAUGCUGUCCCAGCCAGCCAAGGAGUAAAACAGGCUUGAAUUUAGGAGAGAAGCAUGGCAGAUGUAGCUAAUCAGACCAGAACAGAGAAAUCCUGUUUACAGAUUCCAAUUUUAAUAGCAAGGCUGUGGAGUUGCAGAAACCUGUGUUAAAACAUGUAAUUUUCAUGGAUUUCAUCUCCCGUUGUGGAUCAAUUUGGAAAAACCAAAAUAUAUAAUUUGAAAAAACUGAAACUCAUUCUUGAUAAUCCCAGUGAUGUGUUAAUGAGAGAGAAGAAUAGACAGGCUUCCAAACCCUGGGAAGAAAACUGCUUAAUUAUGUGAGCGUCUUAUAAUGAAGUCUCGUGCAGCUAAAAUUAGAUUUGGAGUGCAUGAAUAUGCGAGAAUGUUUGCACACCAGAAUGCAUUUUUUCCCCUUAAAAGUAACAGGAGCCACUUGGUUCUUAGGGGGCCCCAAGAGGGGAGAUGGAAGUGCUGGGGUUGAUCUUUGUGGCUGCAAGAAUUCCUGGGACUGAGGUUUGUUUUCUUUUGGCUGAAAAUUUGUUGGAGGUGUUUAAAAUGUGAUGCUUCCAAAGUAGUUCAUUAAGGUUUUGGGAGAAAUUGAUUGAUCUGAACCCACCUUGAUGACCGCUCAAUAUUUCCUGAGUUGGCCUGAACAAGGUCGAAUUAGAGUAGAGUGGAAAUAGGAUCAAGUCUGCAGAUUAAAGGGGUGGGUCAUGGUCCAGCUCUUCUCUGCUGUGAUCUUAGAACAAGCCUUUUCUCUCUCUGGCCUCAGUUCCCCAUGUGUAAAAUGAGAGAUGAGAUGGAGGCUGUUGGUUGCAUCCCUGGUGUUCAUUUCCCCAUUUCCUUUCCCAGCAGCCCCUGAUGUCUCUUGGCAGCGUCGGGUUAUGUUCUGCUGGAGCUGUCUCUGUCAUCAUUUCUGGGGUGGGAUGCAUGACCUGGACUAAGUCCACACCUCAUCCCAUCUCUCUGGCUACAGUGAUGGCCAUGUUUCCUAAGGCAACGGAGCCAGAGGGAAUUUCAAGACUUCUGGAAAUGUUGAGUAAAGGCUCUUUUUAUUCACCUUGCUAGAUGUCAACAAAGAAGUAGGUAACCUUGGGUCUUGACAGGGGCUGUCUUGGGAAUCCUGGAGGGGACCCCUCCCAGCAUGAAGCUGACAACAGAAUGGAGAGUCAGGAGGCAGAAGGAAACCAGAUCCUUGGUGAUGCUGUUAAGCAUAGGAUCUAUCUUUGCCUGUGACUGGCCCUGCCUGUGGAUGGUUUUGUUACAUGAGCCAAUAAAUUCCCUUUAUUGUUUA